UCCUGUCUUCUCUUCACAACACUGCGGAGACGACAACACGAGAAAAAUGGGUGACCGCAACGCUUCCCAGGAGUUCCUCGACGCUCACCAGUACAGUGACCAUAGCAUUUCCCGCUAUGAGAAAAUUUUCGGACGAACCUAUGUCAGCACUGGAGGCGAAGGCACCACCAAGGACCUCACGAAGAAGAUGAAUCUGCAGCCUGGACAGCGCGUGCUGGAUGUUGGAUGCGGAAUUGGUGGAAGCGCCUUCUACCUGGCCAAAACCUACGGUGUUCAAGUUCUUGGCCUUGAUUUGUCCCGAAACAUGAUCAACAAAGCCCAACAGUACCAAGGAGAGCUGGACGAGCCUGUCAAGAGACUGGUCGAUUUCCAAGUCGCUGACGUUUUGAAAGUCAAUCUUCCUGCCGAGUCAUUUGACGCUGUCUACAGCCGAGACGCCAUCCUCCACAUUGGCAACAAGGAAGAGCUGUUCGCGAAAUUACUUAGCUGGGUCAAGCCUGGAGGACAGCUUCUCAUCACCGACUAUGCAAGGGGACAGGAACAGUGCGGCCAGGAGUUUGAAGAUUACGUGGCUGGCCGAGGCUACCGCCUGCUCACCGUUCCUCAGUACGGAAAACUGCUGGAGGAGGCUGGAUGGAAGGAAGUGGAGGCAGUGGACAACACUAAGGAAUUCGUAGCCGUCAUGAAAAGGGAGCUCGAACUCUUGAGCAGCAUUAAGGACUCUUUCAUAACUGAAUUUUCCCAGAAGGAUUACAACGAUCUGGAAAACGGGUGGACCAAGAAGCUUGGCUGGGUCAGCAGGAAUGAGCACGUUUGGGGCCUUUACACUGCUAAGAAGUUGUAAAAAAUGACCAUUUAGAAGUAUUGUGAAAAUAAAUUAAUUGAAUUAAAGUUUUACUGUUUGAUCAUUCAAAAUAAUUGAUUUUAUUUCAUAAUAUUUUCAAUAUACACACUUUAUUUGCCUCUGUUUUAUACAAAAUAAACUAACGAAAGCAGAGCUUGACACUUCGACUUUGCCACUCAAAUUAACUUUGACCAAGCGAGUUAUUAGAAGUAAUCUGAGGCUAGUUACAGGCGCGAACAUUUUAGUACAGGAUAUAAAAUAAACA